AUAUAUAAAAAUUAUAUAGAAUUUACUAAACAUUUUCGUUCAAAAAAUAUGAACCUCAGCGCUAUCAAUGUUUAUCUCAGUUCAUAGUCUUCUCUGCAGAAGGUUAUAAAUUCCCCAACUACACUGUGUUGUCACUCAGUUAGUCAUGCAGAGGUUCUCACUAUUACUGAUAGCGAUUGUCAGCUAUAAACAAGUGAAAACAACAACCAUACAAUCUUGUGAUAGUCUCGUUUAUUGCCAAGGUGAGCUAUUAGAUACGGUACAGAAGGCACGCCUUUUCAAUGAUUCGAAAACCUUCGUUGAUUUAAUUCAGAAGAAAAGUGAAAAUGAAACGUUGAGUAUCUUCAAAAACUUCAUGAAAGUACACCACGAUGAACCGACAGUCGAGGAAGUACGACAAUUCGUUGAGGAAAAUUUUGACACUGCAGGGGAACUAGACAAGUGGAUACCAACUGACUACAAGUCUAACCCAAAAUUUCUCAAAAAGAUCAAAGACAUAACUGUCAGAGAUUUCGCAAGGACCCUGGUUAGUAUCUGGCCGCAACUUGCUAGGAAAGUAAAUGAUUUUGUGAGUAAAUACCCCGAUAGGCAUUCACUCAUUCCACUCCCCAAUGGAUUCAUAAUACCAGGAGGCCGAUUCAAAGAAAUAUAUUACUGGGAUUCGUAUUGGAUAGUGAAAGGUCUGAUAAUCAGUGAAAUGACUGAAACAGUACGGGGAAUCAUAGAAAACUUGCUGUCUCUCGUGGAAAAGUACGGUUUUGUUCCAAAUGGAAGCAGGGUUUAUUAUCUGAACCGCUCCCAACCACCGUUGUUAACGUUGAUGGCCGGGCUUUACAUGGAUGCUACAAAUGAUUUGGAGUGGUUGAAGAAACAUAUUGGUUUACUGGAAAGGGAGCUCAACUGGUGGUUGGUAAAUAGGGCCAUAAAUGUAGAAGUGGAAGGACAGAAACAUCAGUUGUGCCAGUAUGCGUCACAUAGUGGAACUCCAAGACCGGAAUCUUACUCCGAAGAUUUGAAAACAUGCUCAAUUUUCGAAAAUGAAGAAAAGGAAAUCUGUUAUAAAAACCUCAAGAGUGGUGCUGAGAGCGGAUGGGAUUUCUCGUCUCGGUGGCUAUUCACCGAAAAAGGGGAUAUUGGAAGCAAUUUGACUACUAUAGAUACAAAACGUGUAAUUCCAGUAGAUUUGAACGCAUUUCUUUGCGGUAGUUUCAAGAGGCUCGCUGAUUUCUAUGAAAGACUGGAAAAUAAAGAGAAAUUUUCCAAAUAUCUUGCUCUACAUGAAUCUUGGAAGGAGUCGAUAGAAUCUGUUUUUUAUGAUGGAGACGAUGGCAUUUGGUAUGAUUACGACAUAAAAUUAUCUAAACAUAGAAAGGGAUUUUUUCCAAGUAAUCUAGCCCCGCUCUGGGCAAAAGCAUUCGACACAUCUCGAAAGGAUCAGUACGGAGAAAGAGCGGCUAAAUAUCUGAAAUCGCAGAAAAUUGAUGAAUAUUUGGGAGGAAUUCCAAUGUCUCUUACGCAGACUGGAGAGCAGUGGGAUCUUCCCAAUGCUUGGCCGCCACUACAAGAAAUUGUAAUUUUGGGUUUGAAAGAAAGUGGUAAUUCAAACGCAGUACAUUUAUCGAAAGUUCUUGCGAAGAAUUGUGUUAAUUCUUAUAUAAGAGGUUAUGCCAAAUCGAAUGAAAUGUUCGAGAAAUAUGAUGCACUUUCAUCCGGAGAAUAUGGAGGAGGUGGAGAAUAUAUAGUUCAAACUGGAUUUGGAUGGACAAAUGGUGUAGCACUGUCUUUCAUAAAUGAAUACUAUACUGAGAAUCCAAAAAAAGAUUGA